CAAGGGUUAAACCAUGGAUGUCUAAUUCAUCUCCGCUGUGGUCCGCCUUCUACUUCCUUCUCCAGAGCCGCUGUAUCAGCACCGGUCAUGUGACAGUGCAGAGACCGCUGCUGCAGGACCAGGACCAGGACCAGGUCUCUUUCUACACCGUCUGUCUGUAUUUGGACCCGAAGGAACCAUGUCUGUGGUGAAGCUGGAGGAGUAUCGAGAGCGGAUUCGUAAAGAACUGGACAACGCAGUGGACUUCUGGCUCAAAUACUCUCAUGACACUAUAUAUGGAGGCUUCUUUACUUGUAUCGGGCGGGAUGGGAAGGUUUAUGAUGAGCUGAAGUACGUCUGGCUGCAGGGUAGACAGGUGUGGAUGUAUUGUCGCCUGUACCGAACCAUGGAUCGCUUCCGCAAGCCUGAAAUCCUCGAAGCAGCCAAAGCUGGAGGAGCGUUCCUGAGAAAGUUUGCCCGUGUCUCCAGCGGCCAGUGGAAGUGUGCCUUCUGCCUAACACGAGAUGGUAAAGCAGUCAAAAUCCAGAGGACUAUAUUCAGCGAGUGUUUCUACAUCAUGGCCAUAGAUGAACUGGGCAGGGUCCUUGGUGACAAGGACAUGCAGCUGGAGGCUGAGCAGUUGAUGGAGCAGUUGAUCUACUGGGUGAAGGAGGACUCGUCAGGCCUGGGCAGGCCCCAGCUUCCCGGAGACGUUCCCACCAACAGCAUGGCCGUUCCCAUGAUGCUGCUGUGUCUGGUGCAACAGCUGACUGACGGCCGGGGUCAGGAGGUCGUUCACAAGUACAGAGAGCUGGCCAGCUGGUGCGUGCAGCAGAUUCUACAACACAUCCAGAGAGACGGCACAGCUAUUUUAGAGAAUGUGUCACCAGAGGGAGCAGAGCUGCCGGGUUGCCAGGGCCGACUGCAGAACCCAGGCCAUGCCCUGGAGGCCGGCUGGUUCCUGCUCCAGGUCAGUGCGGAGCAGGGGGACGCAGAGCUCCGGCAGACGGCCAUCAACAAGUUUGUGGAGCUGCCGUAUCAGAAGGGCUGGGAUAAAGAGCACGGAGGCCUCUUCUACUUCCUGGAUGUGGAUGGUCACUGCCCCACACAGCUGGAGUGGAGUAUGAAGCUGUGGUGGCCCCACUGUGAGGCGCUCAUCGCCUUCCUGAUGGCCUACAGUCAGACCAAGAAGCCAGAGCUGCUGGAGACAUUCUCUCAAGUGUAUGAAUACACCUUUAACCAUUUUCCUGAUGCUAAGAACGGCGAGUGGUUUGGCUAUUUGACACAAGAAGGGAAAGUGACUCUGGAUUUUAAAGGAGGCCCCUUUAAAGGGUUCUUCCACGUGCCUCGCUGCCUGUACAUGUGUGAGCGUAUGCUGGAUGAUCUACUGGCCAACACAAAGGACUGAGCAUUCUGCCAUGAAUGUUGUAUUGAUGGGAUUGAAUCUGAUUUGUCUGUUCACUAAAUCAAGCUACAAGAAUCAGGUUAUAAAGCAAAUUGCACUAAUUUUCAAAUAUGCAUUCGCUGUAAAGUUAUUUGUUUAUCUCAUCACAGACAUCCAGUCACUGAGCAGCUUAUAACAUUUGUUGUGAAGCUAUAUUACUGCAUAAAACAAUAGUCUUCUUUAUAUAGCUUCUGGCCACCACUGUCUUUAUAUUGACAUUAAAGGACUAUAACUUUCUUGGUCAAACUAAAUCAUGGUUUUUCUUACUUUG